AGACAGACUGGAUGUUCAGUUGGUUGUUACCAUGGCGUUAUUGGAAGAUGUUGAUAUGGAUUAACUAGAUCUGGAUUACUGUUUACCACUGAGUGUUUCUAAGGUGGAAUGUGGACCUGGAUUGGUCACCAUGUCUUGGUAUGACAUUACAAUUAAAAAACUUGGUUUUCCAACUAUUGAGUUGUUUGUGAAGGCAGGAAGUGAUGGGGAGAGCAUCGGCAACUGUCCUUUCUCUCAGAGACUCUUCAUGAUCCUAUGGCUGAAAGGAGUCAUCUUCAACGUCACCACAGUCGACCUCAAGCGGAAGCCGGCUGACCUGCAGGACCUCGCUCCAGGAACCAACCCUCCUUUCAUGACCUUUAAUGGCGAGGUCAAGGUUGACGUCAACAAGAUCGAGGAGUUCCUGGAGGAGAAGCUGGCCCCGCCGCGCUACCCCAGACUGGCUCCCAAACAUCGUGAAGCCAACACAGCUGGUAUCGACGUCUUUGCCAAGUUCUCAGCUUACAUCAAAAACCCAAGAAAAGACACCAACGACGCCUUAGAGAAAGCCUUGCUGAAGUCUCUUCGGCGCCUUGAUGACUUCCUGAGGACUCCCCUGUCGGAGGAAAUUGACGCUGACGCCUCAGGUGACCUGCCAGAGUCCUCCAGGAGCUUCCUGGACGGACCUGACCUCACGCUAGCUGACUGCAACCUGCUCCCUAAACUACACAUCCUGAAGGUUGUAGCCAAGAAAUACCGCGGCUUUGAGAUCCCGCCGGAGAUGACGGGAGUGUGGAGGUAUUUGAACUGCGCCUACAAGAGAGAAGAGUUCACCAGCACCUGCCCCGCUGAGAGGGAGAUCGAGUUUGCCUAUCUGGAUGUCGCAAAGCGAAUCAAAUGAGAGCAAGUUAAAACAAAUAGUCAAAAUAGAAGAUAUGAAAAGAUGCAAAGAGGUAGAAAUAAGAAAAAGUAGUCACAAGGACAAAAAUAUAGAAUGAUUGGAAACCUUAAGAAGACGAAGAAAGACGAGGAGAAGGAUUCCAGUAUAUAGUCUAGACCGAACUGAUACUAAAACAUGUAUUCUUUGAUUCUACCAUUGUGUGUGUGUGUGUGUGUGUGUGUGUGUAUGUGUGUGUGUGUGUGCACUCACAGGUUGGGCUGCAUCUUUAUAACCAUUUUACAUAUAAUGAUAAUCAGUAAUUAACAGGUUACUGGCAGAAAUAUUUCUUGAUCUCUUUUGUUUUUUUUGACUUUUCAAAUAAUGGCAGGGCCAAGUUCACUGCAAAUAAAAGUACACAUAGUGAAACAUUACCAGUCAGUAUUACUGCAUUAUGUACUCUAUUUAGAAUUAGAACACUGGUCUUUACUGUUUAAUCAACUUUAUAUUUAAAUCUGUUACUGAAAUUGAUUCAUGUAACUUCAUGUGUAACAUCACAGACCGUUUGAUCAUAGUCACAUGUUUAUAUUCAUAUGAAUAUUUUAUCCUCCUGUAGCAGCAACACAGGGCUGCAGUUGGUAGCAAGAAGGUCGCUGGUUCGCGUUAUAUAUUUUGGCAGCUGGGGCACUAGAAAUACUGCAAAAUAAUGGAAAAAUAAUCAUCUCAUUAAAACACAGUCAUUUUCCAUAAUUAAGUCUCUAGCCUUAAUUUGCAUGAGAUGAUGUGUAUGUUUUUUGUUUUUCAAUGUUUAAUUAAGGGUAUUUACAUUUGACAAUAAUCUAUAACAUUAUUUACAUAGAUGGAUGAUUAAAUUGUAAUUAUGCAAGGUAUCUCUCAGUUAACAAACAAAGCUAUAUAAAAUUACAGCACCAGUACUUCUUUUUCUGUUGUCACUCAUUUAAUUUUAGAAAUACAUGUACAGCAAUAAAGUUCAAUUUAACAGUUUCAUCUAUUAGAUAAAACUGAAAUAUAUUCUUAAAUCACAAUGUAAUGUAAACAAAAAAAAGAAAAAAAGAAAUUCUUUGUAAAAAUAGAACUCUUGUGGUAUUCACAGGUUUUUAGUGUUAUUUUACAUCACAGACACAAAUUAACUGUCUGUUUCUGUAACUUUAUUAUUAUCUUGUGUAUUUCAAAAAUCCAGUGAAAUUCCAGAUUUUUUUUUUUCUGACGGUGUAGCACCACUUCACAACCUCACAACAACUUGUUUUAGGCCACAUCACACAGUAAAGUGAAAAUAUUAUUUUGCAGAGAGAAACCCCUCAAAUGAUUCACUUUGAGCAGCACUUUGGUGACAAUAGGAAGAAAAAAAAUGCAGUUUUAAUAAGAACAAACCUCCGUCUGCCUCGUCUGGUUGGGGUGAGGUUGAAGCGUAGAGAAAAACAGGACAGCUGCAUUCCCACAUUUCAAAUAAUUAUUAUGUAGGCACCAUGUUAUUGAUGCUGACAAAAAAAAAGGUCAAAAUUACAAAACAUGGAACUUUAAUACACAGCAAACACUUUAGUCAAAAAAAAAUGAUACCAAAGUUAUAAUAUUAACCCUAAAUCCAUUGAAAUCUGUUGGACGCUGCACAGCUAAUGUUGCUGGCAGGUUUAUUACACUGUUUAGUGCAAUAUAUCACAUAAAGAAGACCCACUGUAAUGUGAGCAUGCCUUACCGCAAUAUGUAUAAAAUGCAUCCUGUGAUUCCAUUUUUGAAUUUCUGCUUGAUUUUAAUCAAUGAAUCGGAUUAAAAUGAAAACACAGUAAUGCCCUGCAUCUUCUGUCUAUACAUGUUGAAUGACUCUGAUGUUGCUGACAGCCGUGUGUGAACAGACUGCUUGUGCUGUGAUUGUUUUUGACGUGCUUGUUUUCUACUUCUGAGUGGCUGAGUGACUUUGCUUGGUUUGUUGAUGUUCCAAUGGACAUAUUUUGCAGUAAAUCUGAGACCACUGACACUGUAUCCGUCUCUUGAUCAGUGCCCUGUUUUAAUAACAUUGUCCAACAAUAAUUUCAUACACUUUACUUUGGGCAUACAGAAAGGUAAUUUCUAUUGAGUUACAUUUUUCUUCCUGAACAAGAAGACAGAAAAAUUUUAUGUCUGUCUUCUCUUGAAUGCUGCUUUAUUUAAUUAAAAACACUUAUUGGACUAAAGUGUCCCAGUGUAUUUUUGCACCAAAACACCACUUUGAUUGAGACAAUCAUUCAGUGUUUGGCAGAAAUGGAGUGUUUUCUGUAGCAAAAAUAACCCUGACACCAGCCUGCUGUGUUCUGGCCUUAUAAUCCUCUCUGAGGGGAGAAUCUUUAUUAAACUGAUUUUAUCACUGUU